AUGGCCGGCACAAAGCGCAAGGCUCCUGCCCAGAGCAAGAAAGAUGCUGGUGGUCCCCCCGCGGCCAAGAAGCACAAAAAGUUCCAGGUCGACGACUCACUUCUCGACAUGGACCUCGGCCUCAACAAGUCCUUCUCCGUCAUGGACAGCCAGCUUCUCGCGGAUUAUCUGGCACAGAAGAUCAGUCGCUUCGGAUCGGAUCUGAGCUCGAUUGAGGUGUCUGACUUGACGGUCUCUGCCAACGCUAUCCGGGACACGACGUCAUGGGAUGAGCCCCGGACUGCGGAGAAGCUGCCCGAGUUUCUCGAAAAGUUUGCUGAGAAGCCGGAGAGGCUGAGCUCUGCGCCUUCCGCCAAGGGCACACCGCACACCAUCAUCGUUGCCGGCGCAGGUCUACGCGCGGCCGAUCUUGUGAGGGCGACAAGGAAGUUUCAGACCGCUGAGAGCACCGUCUCGAAGCUUUUUGCGAAGCACAUGAAAGUCGAUGAGCAGACUAAGUUCCUCCAGAGUCAGCGGACCGGUAUCGCUGUCGGCACGCCGGCGAGGCUCAUGGCCCUCGUCGACAAUGGCGCGCUGUCUUUGGCCAAGCUGGAUCGUAUUGUAGUCGACGCGUCGCACAUUGACCAGAAGAAAAGGGGCGUCAUGGACAUGAAGGAGACGAUGCUGCCGCUGGCCCAAUGGCUGACGCGCAACGAGUUCAAGGAUCGCUACGUCGACGAGAAGAAGCCUCUCGCGCUUUUGUUCUACUAG